AUGUCAGUGGCUGAUCCGCAGGACGACAUUAUGAUGGAGCGAGCUGGACAUGCCGGAGACUACCUGUGCAAAUGUGCACCCGGAUACUCGGGCCGUUUCUGCGAAUAUCUCACUUCCCUAACAUUCAAUCACAACGAUUCUUGGGUCGAGUUAGAACCACUGCGCACACAACCACAAGCCAACGUAACACUAGUAUUCAGCACGACUCAACACCACGGUGUACUCAUGUACUUCGGAGACAACGAGCACCUCGCCGUGGAACUGUUCAACGGCCGCGUGCGCGUCAGCUACGACGUCGGCAACCAUCCCACCUCUACUAUGUACAGUUUUGAAAUGGUCUCAGACGGUAAUUAUCACAAGGCGGAACUUCUGGCGAUCAAAAAGAACUUCACUCUACGCGUAGACGACGGUCCGGCGAGGUCAAUCAUCAAUGAAGGCAGUAAGGAGUAUCUGCGGCUGGAGAGCCCGAUGUAUCUGGGCGGAGUGCCGGAGGACGUCGCCAAAACCGCCUUCGGAAGAUGGCACCUCAGGAAUGUCACCAGUUUCAGAGGGGUGGUCACCGGCAGGGCAAUUAGGUUGCAGUCUAGGGCAACAGAAAUUGCGCUCCUUGCAGGAUAUCAGAUUAAAUCCGGAUGGAUUGAUGGAUUCAUGCGGAUACGGUGUCUGAAGGAGGCGUGGAUAAACCACAAGCGCGUGGACUUUGGCAACGCGGUGCGCAUGCAGCGGCAGACGGCGGGAUGCGGGGAGGAGGACGCGCCGCCCGCCGCCGCCGCCGCCGCGCCGCAGGGGGACGCCAAGCACACGCAGGACCCGUGCGUGCCGAACCCGUGCGCGCGCGGCGGGCGCUGCGUGCGCGAGGAGGGCUCCCCCUCCGACUACACGUGCCGCUGCCGGCCCGGCACCGCCGGCGCGCAGUGCGAGCUGCGCACCUCCGUGGGUACGUACACAUGCACACGCACACAGUUACACCACGGUCUGGCAUUGCUGCUGCGUGCGCGAGGAGGGCUCCCCCUCCGACUACACGUGCCGCUGCCGGCCCGGCACCGCCGGCGCGCAGUGCGAGCUGCGCACCUCCGUGGGUACGUACACAUGCACACGCACACAGUUACACCACGGUCUGGCAUUGCUGCUGCGUGCGCGAGGAGGGCUCCCCCUCCGACUACACGUGCCGCUGCCGGCCCGGCACCGCCGGCGCGCAGUGCGAGCUGCGCACCUCCGUGGGUACGUACACAUGCACACGCACACAGUUACACCACGGUCUGGCAUUGCUGCUGCGUGCGCGAGGAGGGCUCCCCCUCCGACUACACGUGCCGCUGCCGGCCCGGCACCGCCGGCGCGCAGUGCGAGCUGCGCACCUCCGUGGGGGGCGCUCCGGUGAUCAGUCAGAGUAAACUACCUCCACGCAAGCCCUUCCUCAUCAGCAACGUGCAGGCAUCUCCCGCCGCGCCUGCGCACAAACAGCAGCAGCAGCAGCCGUCCGCGCCCGUCACCGCCUGCCGGAAGAAAACACAACAGGCUACGCAUAUCUCGCAACAACUCCGACACUCUCGCUCGAAACUUAUAACCAAACCACCGAACAAUGCUCCAGCACAUCUCUGA